GACAUCUGAUUUGGAGUUUGAUCUCAUGUGUGAGGUCUCUUUGGAUCAACCAUCAAACCAUCAGACUGUGGUAUAGAAGGCUACUAUAGUUACUCUCGAUCAUGGGUGAGUAAACAUCAAUAUUCUGUGAGAGCACUUUGCUGCAAAUUGAUAAAAAUAUUUAUCUUAUGGUGUUUUCUGCUUGAUUUCAUAUUUAGGAACUGUCCCACUUCAGCACGUGUGUGGAAUAUUUGUAUUAUUCAGUGGAUUACUGAUAUCAUUCACACCAUCCUGCGAUGGAGGAAAUAUUUUGGUGUUCCCUGUGGAUGGGAGUCAUUGGAUCAAUAUGAAGAUCCUGUUGGAGGAGCUCCAUGCCAGGGGACACAACUUGACUGUGAUCAGAGCCGCCAACAGCUGGUACAUUGAUGAAAAGUCUUCGCUCUAUACAUCCAUUAGCCUCCAUAUGGAUGUGGGUAUGGAGGACUUUUUUGAUGUGUUCCUAAAGGAAAAUAUCAGGGUAAGUCAGUUUGAAUACUUUGCAUCUAUUUACCAACUAAACCUGAUUUUCCACCACUAUUUCUCUAACUUUUAUUCCAGGUACAGAGAGAGGGCGCUUCAUCACUCACAGUCUUCCAACUCAUCAAGGAUUUUCUCUCUAUGGUUAAGGAAGCUCAUGAAUUGUGGGUUGAUGCUACUGCUCAAAUCUUUGAUGAUGAGAAGAUGGUCAAAAACUUACUGGAUGCCAAAUAUGAUCUAGUUCUCACGGACCCAGUCGUUGCAUCAGGAGUUGUGCUAGCUAAGUAUCUCAAGCUGCCCAUGGUGCUAAAUGUUCGCUGGAUCCCUGCAGGCGAAGGUCACUAUGUGAUCGCCCCAACACCCCUCUCCUAUAUCCCAUCGCCAGGAUCAGGCCUCACCGACAAAAUGGACUUCAUCCAGAGGAUUAAAAACAUUUUCUAUCACAGUGUUGUUGAGUACCAGAUGAGACUUGUGGCAGGGCCAAUAUAUAAUGACCUUUGUGGCAGAUACAUUGAAGGAGGAUGCAGCUUGAUGUCACUUCUUCAGGAAGCAGACAUUUGGCUGUACAGAUCAGAUUUUGUAUUUGACUUUCCACGACCAACAAUGCCAAAUGUGGUCUACAUAGGAGGAUUCCAGUGCAAACCAGCACAGCCUCUGCCAGCAGACCUGGAGAAGUUUGUUCAAAGUGCCGGAGAGCACGGAGUGAUCAUCAUGACUCUAGGAACUUUUGUUAAUGCUCUCCCCGAAGACCUUGCGGAAGAAUUUGCCAGUGUGUUUGCCAAGAUGCCACAGAAGGUAAGACGUGAUUAGAGAUUUAUUACAAAGACAGAAGAUGAAUAAAAAGAUUUAAAUGCUGGGUCAAUGAUAAUGUGACAAUUUACCUAUUCCUCAAAAUAUCCAACUCCAAGCAAUGUUUACUCCUAAUACGGGACGGAAAAUAAUGAAAGAUCAGAAAUGAAAGAAAUGGUUUUACAUAACCUCAAUAAGACCACAUGACUGUUAGACAUAUGUUGAUCAAGUUGACCAAAAAAACCCCACCAUUGAUAGCACAUCAUUUGUCUGCAGUGUGCAGGGCUCAUGUGGGUUGAUCACAGUUUGUAAAGCUGCUUUUGCCAAGUUAGAUAAAUUUCUGGCGUGAACUCACAGCACACUCUGACACAGUAAAAACAGGGUCAUAAGCCAAUUCCUGAAUCCAGGAUGAUUGCGUCUGCGCAAACUGGCGUGUUUACAUGAUGGAAAGUCAUGAAAAGCAUGUUUGAGUGUCAUCAAUGGUAUUCAAUGGGAUAUAAAGUUGUAUGUCAGACACCCUAAUUUCUUCUUUUAUUGAAUAAUCUGCAGUUACUCACAGUUCAAAAUGUUUCAUUCCAUUUUUUUGGUCAGGUGAUAUGGAGGCACAAAGGGAAGCGACCCUCUUCUUUGGGCAACAACACCCUGAUAGUGGAUUGGAUGCCACAGAAGGACCUCCUUGGCCACCCACAGACCAAAGUCUUUGUAGCACACGGAGGCACCAAUGGAGUCCAGGAGGCCAUUUACCACGGCGUCCCUGUACUUGGCAUACCACUGUACUUUGACCAGUUUGACAACCUGUUACGCCUGAAGGACAGAGGAGCAGGAAAGAUCCUGGAGUUGGCUUAUGCCAGCAGCCGCAGUUUUGAGCAAGCCCUCAAUGAAGUGCUUCAUCAAGACAGCUACAGACAGAACAUUCAGAGGUUGUCACGUUUGCACCGAGACCAGCCGAUGGCACCCAUGGAUCAGGCUGUAUUCUGGGUAGAAUACGUGAUACGCCAUAAAGGGGCUCCACAUCUUCGUACAGAGGCCUAUAAGAUGCCCUGGUAUUCCUACUACUUAUUAGAUGUACUGCUUUUCAUGAUGACUGUGGUGACUGUGCUGCUGUACUCUACGUUUGCACUUUUUAGGUUCCUGUGCUGCAGACAUAGAAGAAAGACUAAAACCAAGUUACACUGAUUGGGGGUAAAUGUAUCAAGAAAUAUGCAACACUAGCCAUAUGUUUAUAUUUCUUCUGUCCUAUUAAAAUUAUUCCAAUUCGA